CACGCCUCUGCCUGGGGCUGGACCCACAGAUGGCAGGUGCAGCACAGCUUUUCCCAGGUAGGUUCUGGGUUAUUUUCAGUGCUGCCUCAAGGACUGUAUCCAGGCAGAGAUUUUUCUCAUAAGACAAAAUCAGAACUGACCUCCAGUGCCCUCACAGCUUCAUUCUUUCCCUUGCCUUUGUCACAAAAGAAAUGUUUGCUUAACUCAUACCGACAUCUCCAUGCCAAUGCAAGCAAGCAGCUCUGUUCCCAUUUUCCACAUUAGAAAAUGGAGUGGGAAUGACACAGUAAGGUUUACACAGGGAGGCAGAGACUGGUCUCUGAGAUCUGAUGUUCAGCACUGCAGCAGGUCCAAGGGCAGAACAGAGCACACCAGGAACCUCAGGCAAGAAGCACAGCUGACCUCCUUGCUGAGGGCCAAAGAUGGGCCUCAGCUCCUAAAUCCCAUUCAUGACACACCUCUGGUUUCCAAAGACUUCCCAGGAUUACAGGUUGAACCUGGUGCUAUUCCUCAGCCCAUUUAACCAUCAUCCCUAUAAAUGUCUGUAUGAAAGAGAGAGAGGAGGAAAGGGAAAAGCAAGAGCUAUGGGGUGACUGGGCAUGGCCCAGCCCUGCUGGGAGGGGUGGGCUUCCUUACUGGGGGCACUGGGAACACUCACAGAGCCCGCUGUGUUAAGGGGAUGAGCAAAACUGAGGUUACUAUUCCCACUGCUUCCCAUUCCCUAGUUAUUCAUCCCAUCCAUCCAACACCCCUCCACCCUGACUGUCACUUCUCCACAGCAUUAAAAAUGUGCUGCAAACAAACCCAGGGCUCCACACUGGUCACACUUUGGGUCACCCACUGACGUGCAGUGGCUGUAUGGACACACCUCCCACACACACUCCUGCUGGGGAGGGCAGGGAUGUCCUUGGUGAUGUUGAUUUUUAUCCCUACCAGGGCUCCUCGUGGCCUUUUCCCGCCUUGCCCCGAAAGCGUGCCUCCUCCACGCCACCCCUGCUCCCGGCACAUGCGGGGCCUCGGGAAUGCCAUUGAUCCCAGACAACCAGCUGGAGGGUCGGUGCUUUCCCAGCUCCCCACGCCCCACACUCCACCAGCAGCGUGGGCAGAAGGUUAUUCUCCCCGGGGCAUUGGCGGCCAAUGGACCGUGCACUAAUGGAUGCUUCCCCCAUUGUCCCGCUGCCCGCCGGGAUUGGCUGCGGGGCUGUGGGAAACACCGGCGAUCCCGACACUCACGUAUCUGCCCCGGCACCCCGGCUAUAAAUACAGCACUCGGGAGCUGCCAGAGCAUCCCCUCGUGCUCGGCACGGCAGCUGAGAGGGGUCUGUGCCCAGCUGAGAGCGCCCGGGAUGGCUCCCAGCAACACCCUCAUGAUCCACGUGGAGGAGAAACUGCUGCCAAAGGAAAAGAACAAACUGAGGAAGCCGGUGGUGGAGAAAAUGCGCCGGGACCGGAUUAACAGCAGCAUCGAGCAGCUGAAACUGCUCCUGGAGAAGGAGUUCCAGAGGCACCAGCCCAACUCCAAGCUGGAGAAAGCCGACAUCCUGGAGGUGGCUGUGAGCUACCUGAAGCAGCAGAGCCAGCUGCAGGAGCAAACAUUCGCCCCCAAGAGCCCCGAGCAGGACUUUAACAGCGGGUACCUGCGGUGCCUCAAGGAGGCCAUGCACUUUCUGUCCUACUACGAGCCCAAGAAGGACACCCAGGUCCAGCUCAUCAAGCACUUCUGCAAAGCCCAGCUGGGCUCAGACCCCUCGUACUCCCUGGCCCUGCGCAGCUCCCCCCUGUCUCCCUGUGUGCUCCCCAGAAAACAGCCUGCCCAGAAGAGCCUGCCUGCUGCUCCCACCAUCUGGAGGCCCUGGUAGACCUGCUGAACUCUGUUCCCGUGUUUUGCUACAAAAACUAGAGGGACCUGUGGUUUAUUAGUUCCUCUUUAAAGUAGGAAACGUUGCUUUCCAAAGGCGGGAGGGGGUGGUUAUUGUUUUUCUGUCACCAGAAAUGAGGGUCGCUGGGUGGUUUCCCUUCAUAGUGAAGGACUGUGGGUGUAUCUUGCAGCAAAUUUGUUGCUUUUAUUGGUGGCUCCUGGCCAAAGACAGGACCAAGUUCUGUGGUGAUCUCAGAGAGCAAAUGCCCUUCAGGUUCCAUCAGAGGCUGCUGAGCCCGUGGCUGGCAGUGGGAAUCCUUGUGCUGACUCCCCGGGUCACUGGUUCAAGUGCUCCAUUGUCUCUUGGUAAUGUACUGACCUUCCUCAAGAAGGAGCCCUUUGGAGAAUGUAUUUUGUAUCAUAAAGAGAGGACUGAGCCUUUACCUUUUGAGUGAAAGAUGUUAUUAAGAAAUGCUGAUUCUUCUGAAGCUCCUCUGCUAUUUUUAGUGUCCUCACAGAGUUGUGCUGAUCACAGAUAGCUCUGGGGAAAAUUCUCUUCCUGUCACUUUGUGCUGCUCUCAGUUGAGGGAUAAUUGAUGCCUUUUGUAAAGGAAAAUACCUGAGCUAUACCUUAAGGAGAAGGGGGAGGAAGGGAAGCAAUAAGUACUUUGUAAUCAUUCACUGAACAUGAUAAGGAGCUUAAAAAGCUUUUAUAAAGUUAUGAUGUAUUCAUCCUGUGUGAUGUCCAACUUGUGUGUCUUCACUGUACAAUACAAUAAAAAUUGUUUUAGUCAUUAA